AACACGCUCUCUCGCGCGGCAAGAGCUUCCCGGCCCGAAACCGAAAGCACCACCACCACCACCACCAAUCUCUGCGUUUUUCGUCUGCGGCGGCGGCGGCAGCAGCGGAGGAGGUAGACGAGAUGCUGUCCGCCGACAUCCCCCCAAACCAGACCAUCUACCUCAACAACCUCAACGAGAAGGUCAAGAAAGAAGAGUUGAAGAGAUCGCUUUAUGCCCUGUGCUCGCAGUAUGGAAGGAUACUGGAUGUGGUGGCUCUGAAAACACAGAAACUGAGAGGGCAGGCAUGGGUGGUGUUUAGCGAGAUUACAGCUGCUACCAAUGCUUUCCGUGGAUUGCAAGACUUUGAUUUCUACGGCAAAAAAAUGCGAGUACAAUAUGCAAAAACAAAAUCAGACUGUAUUGCAAAAGAAGAUGGUACUUAUGCACCUAAGGAGAAAAGGAAGAAGCAAGAGGAGAAAGCUGCUGAGAAAAAACGACGAGCAGAAGAGGCACAGCAAGCUGGCCCCAAUGCUGCUGCUGCUCAAAGCAAUGGAACUGGCUAUCAAGCGUCUCGUCUGGGCAAGGCUUCGCAGGAGCCACCUGCUCCUCCGAACAACAUCCUCUUCAUCCAGAACUUGCCAGACCAGACCACGAGCAUGAUGCUCCAGAUCCUGUUCCAGCAGUAUCCCGGCUUCCGGGAAGUCCGGAUGAUCGAAGCCAAACCAGGCAUUGCCUUUGUGGAGUUCGAGGACGACGGCCAGUCCAUGGUGGCGAUGCAGGCUCUCCAGGGCUUCAAGAUCACCCCGGAGAACCCCAUGGCUAUAUCCUAUGCCAAAAAAUGAGAACCCUCGCGGAAUCCCUGUACCCAAUACCCAUAAUAUUUUCCGUUCCGCCUUCCGGAAUCGAGCCACAGUAUCUAGUCUACUUUCCGGCCAUGUAUUUUUGGAAAGCACUUGCUUAAUUUAGAAGUUAGACUCUUGCCA